UAAUCCUCCGGCUGAGAAACGAGCAAAAACAAGACAAUAUAUCGAACUCAUAAGCACCUCUUAUAUUUAUCCCUCUUUAUCCCCCAGAAAGAACAAUCCCCCACCCCAAACCUCAGUCUCACUCUCUCCGCGCCACAGCGAGAGAGCGGGAAAACAAUCCCACAAACUUUCUCACUCGCCAAACACACACACAGACAGAGUAAACAAGAAGUAGAAGAAGAUGGCGGCGGAGUCUGUGAGGUUGACGGCGGGGUCGGCUUCUUCUUCCAUGGCCAAUUUCGGCUUCAACGCCUCUCAAAGAAGACCUUCCACAAUUCUUUCCCAUGCUGGUUUCAGGGGUGUUCGUUCGAGACCUUCCUCGUCUUCUGUAAUUUCGUCUUCGCUUUCCCACUUCUUUGGGAGUCUGCGUUUGAGUUCUAUGUCUUUGAAGCUCUCUGGUUCGCGCCAGCUGACCCGAAGGAACCUCUCUGUCUUCGCCAUGGCUGCUGAUGGAGAAAAGCGCACCGUACCAUUGAAGGAUUACCGCAACAUCGGAAUUAUGGCUCACAUAGAUGCCGGAAAGACGACCACCACAGAGAGGGUUCUGUACUAUACAGGAAGAAACUACAAAAUAGGAGAAGUUCACGAGGGAACAGCUACUAUGGAUUGGAUGGAGCAGGAGCAAGAGAGAGGCAUUACCAUAACUUCCGCAGCAACAACUACAUUUUGGAACAAGCACCGGAUUAACAUCAUCGAUACUCCAGGCCACGUCGACUUCACCCUAGAAGUGGAGCGUGCCCUCAGGGUGUUGGACGGCACAAUAUGCUUGUUUGACAGUGUUGCUGGUGUGGAACCACAAUCCGAAACCGUGUGGAGGCAGGCUGAUAAAUACGGUGUGCCCAGGAUUUGCUUUGUCAAUAAGAUGGAUCGUCUUGGAGCAAACUUUUUCCGUACUAGAGACAUGAUAGUGACGAAUUUGGGUGCCAAGCCACUGGUGAUUCAAAUUCCAGUCGGGGCUGAAGAUAACUUUAAGGGCGUAGUUGAUCUCGUGAGGAUGAAAGCUAUAAUUUGGUCAGGUGAAGAGUCGGGCGCAAAGUUCACGUAUGAAGACAUUCCAGAAGAUCUUCAAGAACUGGCACAAGAGUACCGAGCUCAGAUGAUAGAAACCAUAGUCGAAUUGGAUGAUGAAGCUAUGGAGAACUACCUGGAAGGAGUUGAACCCGAUGAAGAAACUAUCAAGAAAUUGAUUAGGAAGGGAACCAUUUCAGGUAGUUUUGUGCCAGUACUAUGUGGCUCAGCCUUUAAGAACAAGGGGGUUCAGCCAUUGCUUGAUGCUGUUGUAGACUAUUUACCUUCCCCACUUGACUUGCCAGCUAUGAAGGGGACUGACCCGGAGAACCCAGAAGUAACAAUAGAGAGAGCUGCAAGUGAUGAUGAACCAUUCUCUGGACUAGCCUUCAAGAUCAUGAAUGAUACAUUUGUCGGGUCCCUUACAUUCGUGAGAGUGUAUGCUGGGAAGUUGGCAGCCGGUUCAUAUGUAUUGAACGCGAAUAAAGGGAAAAAGGAGCGAAUCGGUAGACUUCUGGAGAUGCAUGCAAACAGUAGAGAGGACGUUAAGGUAGCUUUGGCAGGUGAUAUAGUUGCCCUUGCAGGUCUAAAAGAUACCAUUACAGGUGAAACAUUGUGUGAUCCGGACAAUCCCAUCGUGCUUGAACGAAUGGACUUCCCUGAUCCUGUGAUUAAGGUGGCAAUCGAGCCCAAGACCAAAGCUGAUGUCGAUAAGAUGGCUACUGGUUUGAUUAAGCUUGCUCAAGAAGACCCUUCUUUCCACUUCUCACGGGAUGAAGAGAUCAACCAGACAGUUAUUGAAGGGAUGGGAGAAUUGCAUCUCGAGAUUAUUGUUGACCGGCUCAAGAGAGAAUUUAAGGUAGAAGCUAAUGUUGGAGCACCACAAGUGAACUACCGAGAAAGCAUUUCCAAGGUAUCAGAAGUGAAGUAUGUUCACAAGAAACAGUCAGGUGGACAGGGUCAGUUCGCCGAUAUCACAGUUCGGUUUGAACCGAUGGAGGCAGGAAGUGGAUACGAGUUCAAGAGUGAAAUAAAGGGAGGUGCUGUCCCAAGAGAGUACAUUCCCGGAGUAAUGAAAGGUUUGGAGGAGUGCAUGAGCAACGGUGUGCUCGCAGGCUUCCCUGUUGUGGAUGUUCGUGCGGCGCUCGUAGAUGGUUCUUACCACGACGUCGACUCAAGUGUCUUGGCUUUCCAGCUCGCGGCUAGAGGAGCUUUCAGGGAGGGGAUGAAGAAAGCUGGUCCUAAGAUGCUUGAACCUAUCAUGAAAGUCGAAGUUAUCACACCUGAAGAACAUCUGGGAGAUGUCAUUGGUGAUCUCAACUCUAGGAGAGGACAGAUUAACAGCUUCGGCGACAAGCCUGGAGGUCUCAAGGUGGUUGACUCGCUGGUUCCUCUGGCAGAGAUGUUUCAAUAUGUUAGCACACUCAGAAGUAUGACCAAAGGCCGUGCUUCUUACACAAUGCAAUUAGCCAAAUUCGAAGUUGUGCCUCAGCAUAUCCAGAACCAGCUUGCUUCUAAGGAGCAAGAAGUUGCUGCUUAAUUUUCCCUUCUCCAACCUACUUUUCCAUCUUAAUUUUUUGUACCAGAAAUUGAUGUCAGAUUUUGCCCAACAAAGAACGGAAAUAUAUGCAUAGGUCUGUAUUUAAGGCUGUAUAAACGCUUCCAAUUUUGUCUUU